AUGCGCCUUUUCUCCCGUCCACUCCUGCUUUGUGGACUGGGUGUUCUCCUCGGCUUUCUGGGCGGGAUCCUCCUGUUCAGCUUCAGGAAUGUCUCGCAUCUUGUUAUCCAGCACACGGCCAAUCUUUCUCCUCAGCCUUUGCGAACUCAGAAUGGGCAGAAAAACAGUAUUUUGGUGGGGAUCAUGACAGCCGCCAAAUAUGUGGACAGUCGAGCCUAUAAUGUGUGGAGGACUUGGGGGAAGCAGAUCCCGGGGAAGGUCCUCUUCUUCGUGGCCGAAGAUACCGUUAGUGUAUAUCCGGAGAUGCCAUUGGUCCGACUAAAAGGUGUUGAUGACACGUAUCCCCCGCAAAAGAAGAGCUUUGCCAUGUUGAGGUGGAUGUAUGAUAAUCAUGUAAGUCAACUUAUAUUGUUUUUUGAAUUUAGGUAAUAAAAAUUUUGAUGACAUUUUCAAAGCUAAACGUUUACCAUUGGAAAGCGCUAAUGAAGGUUAAUUGUUUCAGCUGGAUGACUUUGACUGGUUUCUUCGUGCCGAUGAUGAUCUCUACGUUAGAGGCGAUCUUCUGGAGGAGUUCCUGAGAUCCUUGGACCCCUCAAAAACACAUUUCAUUGGACAAGCUGGUCUUGGGAAUAGUGCAGAAUACGGGCAGUUAUCUCUGGGUCCUAACGAGAAUUACUGUAUGGGUGGCCCUGGUGUUAUCUUGUCCAAGGAGACCUUGAAGACCGUCGCCCCAUAUCUCCAGUCUUGCCUCUCAGAACUGCUGACAACUCAUGAAGAUGUUGAAGUGGGAAGAUGUGUACGAAAACACGCUGGAGUUGCCUGCACCUGGAAUUAUGAGAUGCAGACCCUCUUUCAUAACAAUCAGACAGUCCCGAAUGCUUAUAGCAAUGGAAUCUCUGACGAAGUGAGCAGAGCCAUCACAUUACAUCCAGUAAAAGAUCCUCAGGUCAUGAAGAAGUUACAUGUUACCAUUAACACUCUGAAACUGAAACAGUUGAGAGCACAGAAGAUUGAAUUUCAAAGAUUAGUAAAGAAGAUUGCUCCUGCUACAUUGACGAGGAGAGUUGCCAAUAAGACCAACGAUCUACAGGUAUGGGACUUCUUGGCAUUCAACAAGAUAACAUUUUGUGCUAAUCAAGUCAAUUGCCCCCGACAUACGGUAGAUAUGAACAUUCAUACUGCCACUUCGGACAUCGUCACUCAAUUGUUUGAUGAGUUCAAUGUGAAUGCGCGACAACGAGGCCGGAUUCUUCAGUUCCAGAAUAUCCAAUAUGGAUACAAUCGAGUUGAACCGAGACAUGGAGUGGAUUAUGUUCUGGAUAUGAUCCUUUGGUUCAAGAAAUUUCGACCUCCACAUAGAGCGACUCUUUCCGUCCGUCGCCAUGCUUAUAUCCAACAAGUAUUUGCUGAGCCCGAGGCUAUUAGUGAGUAUGGAAAGAGGUCUUUAAUGAGAUCUGGAGCUGAGAGAAACUCGACUGAAGUUAUGAAGAGUGGAAUCUUGAACAGAAAAGUGUACUUCAUCAUUCCAUUGAAGGGAAGAGCGGCCACUUUCUUGAGAUUUACUGAGAAUCUGAAACAGAUUCUACCCGCAAAUGACUCCAGACAUCAAUUGGUCAUCAUUUUGUAUAGGUAAGCAAAAAAAUUUUCCUGGAUUUAUAAUUUUAGCUCCGGCGAUGUAAAUGAGGACUCAAUGAUCAGAUCCAUCCUCACCGAACUCACAUCCAAAAUGGAAGUCCGAGUAAUUGAUAUGGGAGAUAAGGAAUUUAGCCGAGGACAGGCAUUAACAGCCGGCUCGAGCAUUCUCCCAGAUGACGCUCUCAUGUUCUUCACGGAUGUGGAUAUGUUAUUUAAUUAUGAUACGGUUCAAAGGAUCAGGCUAAACACUAUUCAACAUUAUCAGGCAAGUCGUGGUCAUAGUGAUCUUAUAUUAAAUAUAAUACUAAUCAUGAUUACAAUUAUGAUUUUAGGUAUACUUCCCGAUUGUUUUUUCCGAGUUCUCCCCCAAAUUCUGGAACCCGACCGAACGAAACGACCAUCAUCAGAUCUCGUAUGCCCGCCAGCGUGGCUACUUUCGCCAUUUUGGAUAUGGUUUGGUGUCCAUAUUCAGAAGCGACUUCCUCCGUGUGGGCGGAUUCAAUCUGUCCAUCCGUGGAUGGGGCAUGGAGGAUGUAGAUCUGUUCGAGAAGGUGAUCGCGGCCCCCAAACUACGGGUAUUCCGGGCGCCCGAUCCCGGCCUAGUCCAUGUUUUCCAUGAUAUUUAUUGUCCUUCCGACAUUCCCGCUGCUCAACAUCACAUGUGUCUCGGGUCCCAGGCGGCUUCCAUGGCCAGCCUUGACUCUCUUGCCGAACAUUUCACUAACUACGCAUAA